AUGAGACAAGGAGGACGAGAGACACACUGGGGGAAACGACAGACGAGACAAGGAGGACGAGAGACACUGGGAAAGACACGGACGAGACAAGGACGACGAGAGAGACACUGGGAAAGGCAGACAGACGAGACAAGGAGGACGAGAGACACUGGGAAAGGCAGACAGACGAAACAAGGAGGACGAGAGAGACACUGGGGGAAACGACAGACGAGACAAGGAGGACGAGAGACACUGGGAAAGACACGGACGAGACAAGAAGGACGAGAGAGACACUGGGAAAGGCAGACAGACGAGACAAGGAGGACGAGAGAGACACUGGGAAAGGCAGACAGACGAGACAAGGAGGACGAGAGACACUGGGAAAGACACGGACGAAACAAGGAGGACGAGAGAGACACUGGGAAAGACACGGACGAAACAAGGAGGACGAGAGACACUGGGAAAGACACGGACGAAACAAGGAGGACGAGAGACACUGGGAAAGACACGGACGAAACAAGGAGGACGAGAGACACUGGGAAAACGCAGACAGACGAGACAAGGAGGACGAGAGACACUGGGAAAGACACGGACGAAACAAGGAGGACGAGAGAGACACUGGGAAAGGCAGACGAGACAAGGAGGACGAGAGACACUGGGAAAGACACGGACGAGACAAGGAGGACAAGAGACACUGGGAAAGACACGGACGAGACAAGGAGGACGAGAGAGACACUGGGAAAGGCAGACAGACGAGACAAGGAGGACGAGAGAGACACUGGGGGAAACGACAGACGAGACAAGGAGGACGAGAGACACUGGGAAAGACACGGACGAGACAAGGAGGACGAGAGAGACACUGGGAGAGACGACAGACAGGACAAGGAGGGUGAGAGAGACACUGCAUAG